AUGCACACCCACUUCACCUUUGCACCACUCGCCAUCUCCCGCCAUAUCCUGGCCAAGAAGAGCACGCGUUGCACCCGCGCCCCAGAGCGAUCGCCUAGCUCCCGUUUCCUCGCCCUCGCCUUUGUCGACCCACUGGCCCUCGUCCGUCGUCCGACCCUGCUUGUGAAAGCGAUCCUCGGCAUGUUUGGCGCAUUGCUCGCCGUCUGGCGGGUGAUUGUCGAGGUGGUAUCCUUCUGGCGCAAAAAACUCUUCGGAUGGUACACGCGCAAGAACCCAGUCGACCUGUGGCUUGAGCUUCUGCGACAUGCAGAAGCCUUUGAAGACUGGGAGGAAGCAGCCCUACAUCUCGACAACUUGUUGGGUCUCGAUCUAUGGCGGAACAACCCAACUUCAAAGUACUACGACUGGAGACUCAUCACCGAACGACUCAACUCGCUCGCCAUCGCCAGGGAAGAAAAUGACAUCCAGCAGCUCGUAAACCUUUUGCGAUCUGGUCUCGUACGAAAUCUAGGCAACUUGACAGUGCCAAAACUAUACAACCGCUCGUUCUCCGGCACGAAAUAUCUCAUUGAAGAAUACAUCACACAGGUUGCCGAGACCGUCGAGGAUAUAAGCACCCUCCCCGCCAAUGCAUCCGCAGGGAUACCGUCUAUCGGAGGGUCAUUGACAAACCAAAUGAAGCUCGACUUUAUCCACGACACGCGACAGGCCUUUGGUAGAAGCUCUCUUGUCCUACAAGGUGGCGCCAUCUUUGGCAUGUGCCAUCUCGGAGUCGUCAAGGCAUUAUUCCUCCGUGGCUUAUUGCCACGCAUUAUCACCGGAACUGGAACCGGCGCCUUAAUUGCUUCACUCGUCGCUAUCCACACGGAAGAAGAGUUGCCUGGCGUGCUGAAUGGAGACGGCAUCGAUUUGACUGCCUUUUCUUCGCGAGGUAAACUAUCAAAUGGAAUAGCCGAAUCUUCGCAGACAUUUAGAGCGAGAUGGGACACAUUAAUGCGCCGCCUCCGCAGGUUCUCACGGGAAGGCUACUUCCUCGACGUAUCGGUGCUUGAAGACUGCGUUCGAGCCAAUGUCGGAGACUUGACUUUUGAAGAAGCCUACAACUACAGCAAGCGAAUAUUAAAUAUUACCGUCGCAACAGAAGGACAGGGCGGCGUUCCCACGCUGCUCAACUAUAUCACGGCCCCUAAUGUGCUUAUUUGGACCGCCGCUGUUGCAUCAAACGCUUCGUCUGCAGCGCUGUAUGGACGUCGCAAAGCGACCAUUCUCUGCAAAGACGCGCACGGUAACGUCGGACCUUGGGCUCCCGCCAACACCACCGACUUUCACCACUGGUCACACAUGUCCUAUUCGGAUCGCGACUCACCCCUCCGACGCAUUUCGGAGCUCUUCAAUGUUAACCAUUUCAUCGUCAGCCAGGCCCGGCCGUAUCUGAUUCCCUUUCUGCAAUCCGACAUGCACGGCCCGUCCAUGGUUGAAACCCGGAGCAAAACAACCCAACUAUCAGCCUCAGUAGUGCGCAUGGUUGGUCUCGAGGUCCGACAUCGCCUGCGCCAGCUUGACACUCUCCGCCUACUUCCCGCCAGCAUACGACGCUUUCUUGUUGAUGAGCAGAUUCCCGCAGCCGCCAUGACACUUGUCCCUGAAGUGACGGCUGGUGAUUUCGUGCGGCUGUUGGAGACGCCGACGAGAGAAGCGCUGAACUAUUGGAUACUGCGCGGAGAAAGAAGCGUCUGGCCCGCGGUGGCCGCGCUCCGCAUACGGUGUGCCGUCGAGAAUGAACUGGACAGAUCGUAUCAGGUCGUGCGGCAGCUAAAGGCGGGCGACUUACGGAGGAAAGGAAGCAUAUCUGCCGCUGGUGAAGUCGGCCGGACAAGUAACUGA